AUGGCGACCAAGCGCAAAGUCUCAGCAAUGGGCGCAGCCGUGGAUGAUGAGCCAGUGGAUCCAUCAGACGAACUUGCCUUCUACUGUCUGGGCGGCGGCAAUGAAGUUGGCCGCAGUUGUCAUAUCCUGGAAUAUAAGGGCAAGACAGUGAUGCUUGACGCAGGUAUGCACCCGGCGAAGGAAGGCUUCUCUGCACUACCCUUCUUUGAUGAGUUCGAUCUGAGCACGGUGGAUGUUCUGUUAAUCAGCCAUUUCCACGUUGAUCACUCAUCUGCCCUUCCAUAUGUUCUCAGCAAGACCAAUUUCAAAGGAAGGGUCUUUAUGACUCCAGCGACUCGAGCAAUCUACAAAUGGCUCAUUCAAGACAAUGUUCGGGUCAGCAACACAUCCUCUUCUUCCGACCAACGCACCACGCUAUAUACCGAACGUGAUCAUUUAUCAACACUUCCCAUGAUUGAGACCAUCGACUUCUACACUACACAUACGAUAAAUGGCAUCCGCAUUACCCCAUACCCCGCUGGUCACGUUCUCGGUGCGGCCAUGUUCAAGGUUGACAUUGCAGGACUGGUGACAUUGUUCACAGGAGAUUACUCGCGCGAGGAAGACAGGCAUCUAAUUCCCGCUGAGGUGCCUAAGGGGACCAAGAUUGAUGUCCUCAUCACAGAAUCUACAUUUGGUAUAUCAUCUAAUCCGCCCCGACUAGAGCGCGAGGCUGCAUUGAUGAAGUCAAUCACGAGCGUUUUGAACCGUGGCGGACGUGUCCUCAUGCCUGUGUUUGCUCUUGGUCGUGCCCAAGAGCUGCUUUUGAUUCUUGAUGAAUACUGGGAAACCCACCCUGAGCUUCAGAAGUUUCCCAUCUACUACAUCGGAAAUAUGGCACGACGGUGUAUGGUUGUAUACCAAACCUACAUCGGUGCCAUGAACGAUAAUAUCAAAAGACUUUUCCGGCAGCGUAUGGCGGAAGCCGAAGCUAGCGGUAACAAGAGUGUUAGUGUCGGACCGUGGGAUUUUCGAUUCGUUCGUAGUCUCCGCAGCCUGGAACGUUUUGACGAUGUCGGAGGCUGUGUGAUGCUUGCCUCUCCUGGUAUGCUGCAGACAGGAACGAGCCGUGAGCUGCUAGAAAGAUGGGCACCAAGUGAUCGCAACGGUAUUGUCAUGACUGGUUACAGUGUGGAAGGAACCAUGGCCAAACAACUGCUUAAUGAACCUGACCAGAUCCCGGCUGUGAUGUCCAAGGUUUCUGCUGGGCACGGUCGAGGUCGUGUUCCUGGAGCGAAUGACGAGGACCAAAAGGUUAUGAUCCCCCGCCGAUGCACUGUCGAUGAAGUCAGCUUUGCAGCCCACGUUGAUGGCGUCGAGAACCGCACUUUCAUUGAAGAGGUUGCUGCACCGGUCGUGAUUCUGGUUCAUGGCGAAAAACACCAAAUGAUGAGACUCAAGUCGAAACUGCUCAGCCUCAAUGCCGAUAAAACUGUCAAAGUCAAAGUCUAUACGCCGGCAAACUGCGACGAAGUCCGCAUUCCUUUCAAGAAAGACAAGAUUGCCAAAGUUGUCGGUAAGCUUGCUGGGCUUGCACCUCCGUCCGAGGAGGAUGAUGCUCAACUCAUGGCCGGCGUCUUGGUCCAGAAUGGGUUCAACUUGUCACUGAUGGCCCCUGACGACCUACAGGAGUAUGCGGGCUUGACAACCACGACUAUUACUUGUAAACAGCAUAUCACGCUCAGCUCCGCGAGUAUGGACUUGAUUAGGUGGGCCCUCGAAGGAACUUUCGGUGCCAUUGAGAAAAUUGGAAGCAACAAGAAAGCCGAGAACAACCAAAAAGAUGCAGACUCAGAUACCGAUAUGCUUGCGGCGGGCACUACGAAGCAAGAAGAUGCUGAAGAGGAGAUUCCUUCCGAUGAGACACAAACAUUCCUUGUCAUGGGGUGUGUAUAUCUCCGUCAUCAUUCUCGCACUCGCGAACUUGAGUUGGAAUGGGAAGGAAACAUGAUGAACGAUGGAGUCGCAGAUGCCGUGAUGGCUGUUUUGCUCACAGUGGAGAGCAGCCCGGCGUCAGUAAAACAAUCCGCCAAAGACAAGCGCCACCAUCAUCACCACAAUGACGACGACAUGGAGAUCCCGUCUCUUCCAAACCCCCACGCCCAAGCUGGACCCCAAGAGCGACUCGCUCGUAUGCUCAUGAUGCUGGAGGCCCAAUUUGGCGGUGACAACAUUGGUCCAAUUGAGCGCCCUCGCGUACAGACUGAUCUCGCCCUCGGCCCACAACACGAUGGAGAUGAGAUCAACGAUGAGAGAUUUUCCGACAUCGAAGCAGCAGAGCUGAACCGCCUCGUCACAAUGGGUAUCCCUGUCCCUGGUAUCGAGAUCAAGGUGGACAAGCACGUUGCUCGCGUGUGGCUUGAAGACUUGGAAGUUGAAUGCGGCAAUGCCGUUCUGCGGGACCGUAUUCGUGUCGUUGUGGAGCGUGCCAUUGAGACUGUUGCUGGCUUGUGGGCGGAGAGCUCCAUUUCCCGGGAUGCUGCGCCGAAUGGGUCGGUCAACGCAAAAGGAGGAAUUGAAAUGGCUGCUGCGAAGAAAGCGGCUGCCAUUGAAGCCCAAGCUUGA